CACACACACACACACACACACCACUACAAACAUUUCUGUACAGUGAGGAGACUCUCAAACUAUCCGUCCUUGUUAGGGGAACUACAGGGACACUGAGAGAGAUGGCACAAACCGACAGCCAGAGUUCAACUUUCUCUGAGAUAGUGGAGCUGAACGUGGGCGGUCAGGUGUAUGUGACCCGGCUAGAAACUCUCACGGCGGUCCCCAACUCUCUCCUGUGGACCAAGUUCACCCAGAGCUCCCCGGGAGAUCUGCCCAAAGACAGCAAGGGCCGCUUCUUCUUCGACCGGGACGGCUUUCUGUUCCGCUACAUUCUGGAUUACCUGCGGGACUCGGAGCUCUUCCUGCCCGAGUUUUUUAAAGAGAAGAGGAGGCUGCAGAAGGAGGCGGACUUCUUCCAGCUGCCGGAGCUGUCGAGGCGCCUGGCGGCCGUCAGCAAAGACAGCUCGUACACGGAGGACAGCGGGGAGCAGGAGGAGGCUGAGCUCACCAGCCCCGUCACCUCCUCCUCGGACCGGACCCUGCGCUCCCCCGGGGCCGACGCCGGCUACAUCACCAUCGGGUACAGAGGCAGCUACACCAUCGGGAGGGACAUUCAGGCGGACGCGAAAUUCCGCAGGGUCGCGAGAAUAACCGUGUGCAGCAAGAUCUCCCUGGCUAAAGAGGUUUUUGGGGAGACCCUGAAUGAGAGCCGCGACCCGGAUCGUCCUCCUGACAGAUACACCGCCAGGUAUUACCUCAAGUAUAACUUUCUGGAGCAGGCGUUUGACCGGCUGGCCGAGGCUGGUUUCCACAUGGUGGCCUGCAACUCCACCGGGACCUGCUCUUACGCCAGUAACGACCCGGGGGAAGACAAACUGUGGACCAGUUACACCGAGUAUGUUUUCUUCCGAUGAACUGCCCUCAGGGUGCAAAAGUGCAUUCAUGCUCACCACUUGUUUUAACUCCUCACACUUGGAGCAAUCACUUACUUAAAUUGUUUAAACAUCCCAAACUGGCAGCUUCAGCCGUGUUUAGGUUCACUUUAUGUUUUGUCACUCUCUGCUAACUUCUCUGCCAUUUUCUCCUCUCUUCUGCAAGAGGAGGACUUACUCCAAACUCAAACAUGAAUCUCAUUGGUUAGUGAGGAGUAAAUACACAAUGCUUUUUUUUUAUUUUUUCUUCUAAAGAUGUCCUUGGUUGGGUUAUUUUUGUCUUUCUGCCAUCACUAAGACUAUUGUGUUCUUAAUUAAAUAAAUGACAUAAGUGGUUACUCAUGUUAGAAGCUGGUUUCCUUUGACCCUCACUGAGCUGUACUCACAUUUGUCAUGUUACUGUAGAGGGUACUGUUGAUCUUUAUGAGGACAUAUACUGUAAAUAGCCUACUGUUUUGAUUCUUGAUUGAUGGAUAUGGAUGACAGAAAGUUGCAUCUUUGAUACAAUACUUUUGUUUGGAUUAUAUCAACCACACAUAGAGCACCACUUCUUUUAAGAUUGGGACUUCUUCACAAUGCUACAAUGUUAUGUGCCAUUUUCGAGCUGUUGUCAUCGUUUCCUCUUUAGAUAUAAAUCUACAGCAAAUAAAGUGUGACACUGUAACACUA